AUGCUGUUGUUGAAAACCCUAGGAUCAAAGAUAAAUACAGACAUGACUGAACCAACAUCAAGUAGCAUCGAGGAUGACAAUGUGGCUCUAGAGUACAACAAUAACAAUGUCAAGAAAGCAAAACUAAAUUCAACACUAGCUGCACUCCUUGAUGAUCCUGUUCUUGCAGACGUACCAAAAAAUCCAACUUUAUCAGAUGUCGAUACCCUAAUCAGCUUGGAACUCGAUGUUGCAGUGAUGAAUUCGGCAAAAGUCAAGGAUUUGAAACUUGCUAUUGAGAAAAAAGUCAACGAAAUGGAGCAGUCAAAGAUGGGUCAUCGUCACAUUUCUUGGAAGCAUGUGUGGCGAAAUUUCUGCCUUUCAUAUCACAAUGAAAAGCUUCUUAAUGAUGAUGGAAUUCUUCAAGAUCAUGGCAUACGUAAUCACUCUCAGGUGCAUUUUAUGGCAUAUAUUAUGACAAGGGCUUCAAAUCGACAUUCACGAAGGAGAAAACAUCGGUUUUUUCAUGGGCUCAAUCGAAGGGAAUGAAUUAAUUGUAACUCCUUAAAAGGAUUAGUUUGUGUUUAUAAGAAUGAUUUUGAUAUAUGUAACCAUAGAUAUUGUUUCUAUCUCUGAUCUAUGAUUUAUCUU